GCCAAUAUUGCAGAUUUACUGGAUACGAUGCCUCGUGUAUUCUUAGUAAAGCGUAGGUCACAGUAUGAUGUAACGUUUCCAGAAGAUAUAUUGCAAGCACAGACACCACCAGCAGUCGUCGACACAAAAUCCGGUUCUUUAGUUCAAGAGUCUUCGAUACACCGUCCAAUUUCAACCAUCAAACUCACAUCUUCUAAAGUUUUUGAUUUUCAUGAGGUAGAAGUUUUUAAUAAAUGCCAUUCGCAGUUUCACCAAAGUCAACAUGUAGGCCUUGGGCAAUUAAGAUAUAACGAAAGCAUCUGUGAGCAAGUGAACACUUUGAAAAAAGAAGAGUCAAUCAAUGUAGGUCUGCCAGACUACCCGGAAGAAUUUCCGAAGCAAAAUGAAAUUGAAAUGGAUAACAUAUCGACUUCAAUGGACACACGUUUUAACAAGUUAGAAGUGAAGGAUAUGGAUCCCGGAUGCAGUUCAAAAGAAGGCUUGUUUCCCGGGGAGAAGUAUUUGCGUCAAGGCACAACUCAAUCAAGUUUCAAUCCUGUGCUUAAGGCGUGGAAAUCGUCCAUUCCUCCAGAGUACGUCUCUGAAAUCUUAGCCAAACAGAGACAACGAAUCCUUGCUAAGCAUGUAGUUAACAUCCAAAAAGGAUUUUUUGAUUUGAAGAAGGUGAGCCGAAGAGGACGCAAUAAUGCAAGACAACCAAUACCUGGGCUUGAAUACAUACAAAAUGGCACUGACAUGCAUUAUAGAAAUAUCACAUCAACGCAAUUAUCUUCAUAUUCGACGGAUAGUAAUAGCUUGGAAAGGGCCAAGACAACGGAUGGAGAUCUUAAUGAGUCAGAUGGGAAACAAUCCCAGCAGAGAAAAUACGUCUGUGAUAUCUGCCAUAAAGGAUUCAGCAGAAGCAAUACACUUGUCACUCAUAAGCGUAUUCACACAGGAGAUAAACCCUUCGCAUGUGAAGUGUGCGGUCGAGCAUUCCGUCAACCAGGCAACUUAACUCGCCAUCGCCUAAUACAUACGACAGUGAAACCCUACAAGUGUUCGCAGUGCGGAAAGGCCUUUAACCGUGCGUCCAAUCUCCAUACGCACAUGCGCACUCAUACCAACUACAAGCCUUUCGUAUGUCAGUACUGCGGGAAAGGAUUCCAUCAAAAGAUCGACAUGAAAAUACACUCAUAUACCCAUACAGGUGAAAAACCACACAAGUGCAAGAAAUGUGGCAGAGGGUUUAAACAACUCACCCAUCUAACCUAUCACAUGAGGACGCACUCUGACGUCAAAAUGUACACGUGCACAUACUGUGGCAAAGGCUUCAACCAAAAAGGAAAUCUGCAGGCUCAUAUAUAUGGACAUACAGGAGAGAGGCCAUAUCGAUGUGAAAUUUGCGGGAAGGGGUUCACGUUAGCAAGCACCUUGAACACACAUCGCAGGACACACGCCAACCGCCUAGCUGUCCCAACGUUUACAGCGAAAGCUCUACCGUUCAACUCUAUGCAUCAUGGAGCGACGAACGUCGAAUAGGAUGGUCAAUGAUUGAUACCGUAGUUAAUAUAUGUACAUUUUUAUACGGCUUAGAACUGAAUCAAAUGAAUAUUGAAAUGUUGCAAAUAACCAAAAUCAUUCGGACGGGUAUGCAUUGGACCUUGGAAUAAAGGAAAAAAUUCUUUUAAUCGAGCUAAAAUGUGAAUUCUUUCUGAUUAUUGUUUAUUGACCUUUUCAUGCCUGUUGAUUUUGCAAAAUAAAAAGUAAAUAAUGAUUGACGUCACCUGACUGCAGUUUGAAGUAUCGACCCUAAUAUGAGUAUGUCCAACAAGCAAUUGUGUUAAAUAAAAGAAUAUAAUAAAUACGA